AUGGCUCUCGCUGCAUCAUCCGCUGCCAAGAAAGGGUCAUCUCUAAAGCUGUUGACAACGAAGUUGAAGGACGUCCAAUCAUCAUUCAACGAUAUCUGGCAGUUCGUAGAGAACUUCACGGAAGAGGCUACAAUCACCGAAGCGGAGAUACGCCUGCAGAAACUCGACGAGCUGUGGGAAAGAUUUGGUGACAUUCUAGUUGAAAUCAAAUCUCACGAUGACUAUCCUGCCGAUGGUGACGGUUAUGAAAAGGAACGAAAGGAGUUCAGCGACUACUACUAUAGGGCCAAAUCGUUUCUCUUGGAUCGGGUGAAAGAGCGACAGGAGCAUUCGAGUUUAGAACAGUCCAUCCGUGUCGGGGACACGACGAUACAGGGUACGUUGGAUCACGUGCGGCUCCCGCAGAUAAAGCUACAGUCGUUCAACGGGGACAUCGACGAGUGGCUGAGUUUCCGGGACCUUUUUACAUCCUUAAUCCAUUGGAAGUCUGACUUACCGGAAGUGGAAAAGUUCCACUACCUCAAAGGGUGUCUGCAGGGCGAACCAAAGAGCCUAAUUGACCCUUUGCAGAUCACAAAGGCAAAUUAUCUAAUUGCCUGGGAUAUGCUUUUGAAACGGUACAACAACAGUAAGCUGCUGAAAAAGCGACAGGUGGAGUCACUGUUCAAGUUGCCCAGCCUUUCGAAGGAGUCCGCUUCAGAACUACACAUUCUGUUGGAAGGUUUUGAGAGAGUCAUCCAAACGCUUGAUCAAACUGUGCAGCCUGGAGAUUAUAAGGACCUUCUGCUCAUCAAUCUUCUCACCGUGCGGCUGGAUCCAGUAACCCGUAGAGGGUGGGAAGAAUGUUCGGCUAGCAAGGAGACGGAUACACUGAAGGAUCUGACAGAGUUUCUUCAUCGUCGAGUUCAGGUACUGGAGUCGUUACCACCAAGGUCGAUGGAUAACAGGGGCAUCCAUCAGUCACAAGCGCCUUCGAAACAGAAGCCGCCUAAUGUGAAAACCAGCUACAGCACAGCACAAUCGUCUGGGGGACGCUGUGUGGCAUGUGCGGCAAACCAUCUGCUGUAUCAGUGCGGUUCAUUUCAGCGGAUGUUGGUGGCGGAACGUGGCGCAUUACUUCGGACUCAUUCACUCUGA